UCCCUCUCCCCCAAUGGCAACAAGUCUGCGGAGACUUCAACACCAACACCACCACCUCUCUCUUCCCUUCUCUCUCUCUCAUUAGACUCCCCACUCCUCUCUCUCUCUCUCUCUCGCCCUCACCGUGCUUUUCUGUCCAGAGGCUUCAGCUCGUCUGGGUUUUUUUUUGUCGGAUUCGUGUUGUGUCAUGCCGGGCGCUGUCUGAUUCAAUAAACCCCAUCUGCCCCCCUACGUCAAUCCUCACUCUAUCCAGCAAGCCCGGAAAUGGCUGCUCUCUCUCCGAAAUCAAACCUCCUCCUCCUGACCUCUAAUGAUCGCGGCCAUGGGCUCCACUUCCUCUCCCCUUCAAACCAACUGUUGAUGUUCGUCUCAGCCAAAUCCAUCCCGGGACGACGCGAUCCCGGUCAGGCUCUCCGGUCCUCGGGCCGUGGCCUUCGAGUCUAUUGCCAGUCCAAGACAGAGGAAAAGUUGUUCAGGCGAUGCUCACCGUACCUAGAAAGUGCGUUACUGCCUGGUAGUGGUGCCUCUUUGCCCUCUGAUGAGUGGAAAGCAGUUCCCGACAUUUGGAGAUCAUCUGCAGAGAAGUACGGUGAUCGAAUAGCACUUGUUGAUCCCUAUCACGACCCUCCUUCUAAUAUGACAUACAAACAGUUGGAGCAGGAAAUCUUGAACUUUUCUGAAGGUCUACGAGUCGUUGGAGUUAAGCCGGAGGAAAAACUUGCUCUAUUUGCUGACAAUUCAUGUCGGUGGCUUGUUUCAGACCAAGGUAUCAUGGCCACGGGAGCUAUAAAUGUGGUUAGGGGUUCGAGGUCAUCCGUUGAAGAGCUACUGCAAAUUUACCAGCACUCGGAAAGUGUUGCUCUUGUUGUUGAUAAUCCAGAGUUAUUCAAUCGGAUGGCCGAGGUUUUCUUUGCUAAAGCAUCUAUAAGAUUUGUCAUUCUACUUUGGGGUGAUAAGUCAGCCCUUGCCCUUGAAGGAAUCGAUGAGGUUCCCUUUUUUAGCUACAAUGAGAUUAUAAAGUUGGGACAAGAGAGUCGUAAUGCUCUUCUGAUUUCUCGUGAUGAUGGAAAAAAGUACGACUAUGAAGUCAUUGGCUCCGAUGAUACUGCAACACUUGUGUAUACAAGUGGGACAACUGGCAAUCCGAAGGGUGUUAUGCUAACACAUCGUAAUUUGUUACACCAGAUACAUAACUUGUGGGAAGUUGUACCAGCGGUACCUGGGGAUAGAUUUCUGAGCAUGCUUCCACCUUGGCACGCCUAUGAACGUGCUGCCGAGUAUUUCAUCUUCACUCAGGGGGUUGAGCAAGUAUACACGACAGUUAGAAACUUGAAGGAGGAUUUGCAACAAUAUCAACCGCAUUACCUUAUUUCUGUUCCUUUAGUAUAUGAGACUCUCUACAGUGGGAUUAACAAGCAGUUGUCUUCUGGCUCUGCUGCUCGGAAGCUUAUAGCAUUGACCUUCAUAAAGAUUAGCAUGGCUUUCAUGGAUUAUAAGAGGAUAUAUGAGGGCAAGUAUCUGACUAAGGACCCAAAGCAGCCGUCAUACAUUGUUGCAUUAUUGGACUAUUUAUGGGCAAGAAUCCUUGCUGCCCUCUUAUGGCCACUCCAUGUCUUAGCGAACAAGAUUGUUUAUUCGAAAAUUCGCGCAGCCAUUGGAAUAUCAAAGGCUGGUAUUAGUGGAGGUGGGAGUUUGCCCAUGUAUGUCGAUAAGUUCUUUGAGACUAUUGGUGUGACAGUGCAAAAUGGAUAUGGUUUGACAGAAUGUUCUCCUGUUACAGCUGCCCGAAGAAUUGACUGCAAUGUGCUUGGAUCAAUUGGGCACCCUAUUAAGCACACGGAAUUUAAAAUUGUGGAUCCUGAAACCAAUGAAACCCUUCCACUGGGAUCGAAGGGCAUCGUGAAAGUGAGGGGGCCACAAGUGAUGAAGGGUUACUACAAGAAUCGAAAAGCUACAGAAAAGGUCUUAAAUGAGAGCGGUUGGCUCGACACAGGCGAUCUCGGAUGGAUAGCUCCUCACCAUUCAAGAGGGCGAAGUCGUAAAUCUGGAGGUGUAAUUGUUCUUGAGGGUCGUGCCAAGGACACAAUAGUUCUUUCCACUGGUAUUCUAUUCUCUCUUCUUUCUAGUAAUGCUGAAGAGUUGAAAAGCUGGGGGUGGGGAUGUGAAAAUGUGGAACCGGCAGAUCUUGAAGAAGCUGCAAUGAGGAGUCCCCUAAUUCAGCAGAUAGUUGUUAUUGGACAGGAUCAACGGCGGUUGGGGGCAAUAUUAGUGCCAAACAAGGAAGAGGUCCUUUUGGCUGCCAAACAUUCCGGUAUUGUUGAUGCAAGUGCCUCUGAAGUUAGCGAGGACAGAAUGAUGGGUCUCUUGCAUGAUGAAUUGAGGACCUGGACAUCGGAGUGUUCCUUCCAGAUUGGACCAAUCCUGCUGGUGGAUGAACCUUUCACGAUUGACAGUGGUUUGAUGACUCCGACCAUGAAAAUCAGAAGGGACCAGGUUGUGGUCCAGUAUGAGCAGGAGAUAGCGAAACUAUACAGUUAGAAAGCUCCCAUACAUGCAUUUAUAUUUACAUACGUAUAUGUAUGUUAAUAUGUAUUGAACAGAAAUAAUGACAUGAGGCAGCAGCAUCCCACCUUCAUGCCUAGAAUAGUCAUAUCUCUGCCAAUGCAGAUGAGAAUUGUAAGUAAAUGUAUAUCAGCGAUCUUGGUAUAAGCAAAUAAAUAAUAUAGCUUUCUUUUAUUUA